CCCGAACGAGUAAUAGACGAAAAAUAGUGUCAAUUCCUACUCCAGGAAAUGAUAUUUUAUUGACUCGUAAUUUAUAAAAGGUGAACUGUCAGUUUGACAGAUUAAUAAUGAGACAUUUUGUCGUUCUAUGAAAAUUGUUUUUAGAAAAAUUUAUUCUGUCUAUUUUAGAGAGAAUAUUUAAGUGCAAUUUACAUUAAAUAAAUACUUGAUUAGUUUAAGUUACGUUUUAGUGAAUAUUCCCCUUUUGCAAAGAGCUCUCAGAUUGGGAAUGCAUAGGAAUAAAGUAUAAACUAAUUACAGUAAAUUUUUAACAAACACGGAUGAAGAAUAGGUUAUGAUUUAUUUUGACUUUGCAAUAGAACGGGCAUUUUAUUGCAAUUUACCAACAGUAUUCACAUAUUCCACAAAAGCAAAAAAUCUACUUUUAGAAUUUUUUAUAUUCCUGGUAAUCAUAGCUACUAACGAGCUGGCUCUAUUAGCGAAGCUGGAAGAGGCCAAUAGGCUGAUUGAAUCAGAUGCCAAAUCGCUGAAUUCACUGCAAAGUAAUCAUAGUAGAAAAGGUUCUGAUACGUCGCAAACAUCAUUAACAACGGGAUGUAGUGGCGAGGGUGCACCGCAACAACGACGUUGCUUUGGCGAUGGAGAUGAGAAUAUUUGGAAUCUCUGGGGUAAUAUAGCGGCCGAUUGGGACAAUCAAUGGAAGAAGAGGAAAGACUUUAUUAAGGAUUUAGUUCGACAGGGUGUCCCUCAUCAUUUUAGAGGGAUAGUCUGGCAACUGCUGUGUGGAGCACAUGAUUCUCCGGUGAAAAAACAAUUUGCCGAGUACAUAAAAUGUACGUCGGCAUGCGAGAGAAUAAUUCGAAGAGAUAUUGCGAGGACUUAUCCGGAACAUGAUUUUUUCAAAGAAAAAGAUGGGCUAGGCCAGGAGAGUUUAUUUAAUGUCAUGAAGGCCUACAGCCUUCAUGAUCGCGAAGUAGGAUAUUGUCAAGGCUCAGGUUUUAUUGUAGGAUUAUUGUUGAUGCAGCAAAUGCCGGAGGAGGAAGCAUUUGCAGUGCUGGUUGCUCUAAUGCAGGAAUAUCGUCUUCGCGAUAUGUUUAAGCCAAGUAUGGCUGAAUUGGGAGUUUGUAUGUAUCAAUUGGAACAUUUGGUGGCCGAUACACACACUGAAUUGCAUGCUCACUUUACUGCCCAAGGUUUUCACACUUCAAUGUACGCGUCUUCGUGGUUUUUAACUCUAUUUACAACAACACUAAGUCUUCCCCUCGCUUGUCGUAUUUUCGAUGUUUUCCUAUCCGAAGGAAUGGAGAUAAUUUUUAAAGUCGCACUCGCCAUGCUACACCUCGGCAAAGAAGAUUUACUCAGUCUCGAUAUGGAGGGAAUGCUAAAGUUCUUCCAGAAAGAUUUACCGGGUCGCGCCGAGGCCGAUCCAAAUGGUCUAAUGAACCUCGCCUACGAAAUGAAGAUAAAUCCAAAGCGAAUGAAAAAAUUAGAGAAGGACUAUACUAUUCUAAAAAUGAAGGAACAGGAGGAAAUGGUGGAAUUGCGUCGAUUGAGAGCUGAAAAUCGUUUAUUACGCCAGAGAACAGAACUUUUGGAGGCUGAAUCAACGGAACUUGCUGAUAGAUUAGUGAGGGGUCAAGUGUCACGCGCCGAAGAAGAGGAAACUGCAUUUGUCGUUCAACGUGAAUUGGCAGCACUUCGUCAUACGCAUCUUGAGACAAGUCAUCAAUUGGAGCAAGCACACGAGGAAUUAAGAUCGCUGUCAAUUUUAUUAGAGGAAAAUCUCACCUCGAAACAAUCGUCACUCGAUGAAAUUAAUAAUAAGCAAGAAGCUCUCUGUCAAAAGGAGGAAAUGGUGCAAUGCCUGCAGGAAGAAUUGGUGAGAGUGCGAUUACACGAGGCCGAGAAUGAUGCAAUAAUUCGUGAUCUACGUGCGAGAAUUCAGGAAUUAGAACAGGAUAAAAAAACACUUCGGGAAACAACACCCGAUAAUUCUGUCGCACAUUUACAGGAGGAAUUAAUUGCUGUUAAACUUCGAGAAGCCGAGGCUAAUUUAUCAUUGAAGGAUCUUCGAUUGAGAGUGACGGAAUUAAGUGCCGCCUGGCAGAAGCAUUUACAGGAACAUCGUUCGUCGCAUACGGCGCAAGCUGCGGAUUCAACGCCGAAAAAAUUAUUAUUUUGGGAGAAUCGUGGACAUGAGAUACAAAAACUCGAGGAGGAUUUGAUGACAACGCGAAUACGUGAAAUGGAGGCAUUAACUGAAGUCAAAGAAUUAAGAUUGAAAGUGAUGGAACUUGAGACUCAGGUUCAGGUGGCGACCAAUCAACUUCGUCGACAGGACGAGGGCAGUAAAGUACUUAAAGAAGAUUUAGAAGCGUCCUCGGGAAGGGAAAAGGAUUUAAUCGCAAAAUUACGUGAACAACAACACAAAUACACUGAUUUAGAAUCGAAAAUGAAGGACGAGACGCUAAUGUCAAAAAUUCAUGACGCUGAGCAUGCACAGCAAGUUGCGGAAUUAUCACAGAAAAUUUCAAUUCUGGAAUUAAAGAAUGAGGAAAUGUUUACCGAGGGUGAAUUGAGAAGUAGUUUGGAGGAUUGCGAACGCGUGCGAGAAUUGCAGGAUAAAAUUGCGGAUCUAAAAGCUGAGGUCGUGAGGCUUGAGUCUUGGAAACAACGAUGGACAGGGAAAACUGUAGAAUCACCACGAAAUUACAAUAUUGAGAAGGAAAGUGAAUUAGAUGAACGAGAUCUCAGAAUUUGCCUUCAGGACCAUGUCAAUAUUGGAUCGCGAAGUCCUCCCGAGGUCUAGAUUUGUAUACACAUCCUUUUUUUACUGCCUUGAAUUUUGAUUACUUAUAAUGUUUUUAAUUAUAAUCUAAAUAACAUUUAGUGUUAUCUAUCAAGCAAUUAUUACUGUCGGAACAUUUUAUUAUCAGUUUGAGAGGGAAAAAAAGGAAAAAAAAUUUUUGGUAUCAGUGUUUUCUAUGUAGUACAUAAACACUGUAGUGUUAAAUACUUUUACACAGAAAGAGAGAGAGAAAAAAAAUUGAUAGAUACGCUUCAAGUAAAAUGCAUAAUAUAAAAGAAAGGAAUUCCCCCAGUGUUGGACAGUUUGUUACGAAAAAAAAAAAAAUAUUUAUAUACGUUUUUUUGUUUCUAUAACUUCAGUAACUGUUACUUUAUAUUUUUUUUAUUCUUUUUAUUUUAGAGAAUUGCUUUUUAUUUUAAAAAAUUGCUUU